AAGAGACUCUACUUACUUGGUCGGGUAGUAUGUGAUUCCCAUGGAGUGGAGGCAGGUCUCCGGCGUGUAAGCCCAGACCAGGUACACGCCGGUGGCGAUGACGGUGGUGAUGGAUCCCACGAAGCCGUACACCUCCGACGGCUUAGGACCCGUGCCCAACCGAUUCGCCUCAUGCCGUUGGGGUUCUCGUUUCGGGUUCCGGAGGAGGCUCCGCGUCUGCUGCCGAGGGCUCCGGACCACCAACGGCGGCGGCGACUCCAUGCUCUUUCUUGUUGGGCACAGACAGGAGACUUUUUACAGGGGAGAAAGAGCGAGCACUAGCAGGCCCUUUUUCUUUGUAUUAUUGGGCUCUCCAUCACUUGUGUUGUUCACAUAUGGGCCUUCUACUCUCUUCCUCUCUCCCACAGUCCGCGAAGAAAACGACGAAAACGCCUCCACACACGGCGGGCAGGGGCGGGGCGGCGGGCUGAGGAAGAGGAAGAGGAAAAGGAGGAUGCCGUCGCGCCCGUCGUCGUCGAGGCGGCCGGUCUCCAAAUCCAGAUCCAAACCCCUGUGGUCCGAGCCACCUCCCGGCCUCUUCCCCACCGGUGCCCACGACUUCCUCCGCCUGCUCGCCGUGCUCGCCAUCGCCGCCGCAGCAGCCGCAGCCUGCAGCCUCCUCAGCCGCCGCCCCAACCCCUUCUGCGACUCCCAACAACACUAUGACCCCGCCUACGAUUCAUGUGAACCCUGCCCUCAAAACGGGCGCUGCGUACACGGUAAGCUCGAGUGUCUCCAGGGAUUCAAGAAAUAUGGCAAGAUAUGCGUAGAGGAUGGCUUGCUCACCCAAACUGCUAACAAGAUCUCAGACUUGCUACGGCUCACAAUUUGCGAUGAACAUGCCCGUGCUUUAUGUGGACAAUCUGGCAAAAUCUUGUUCCAACAACUUGAUAUCUCAAACUUGGCUGAUGAUCUAUUAUCCAAGGACCAUGCUCACCUAAGCGAUGAUGGAAUUAAACUUGUAAAAGAUAGGGUGCUGGAGAGUGCACAUGGCUUUUUAGAGAUGGUGCCGACUUAUAAUAAAGUCGAAGCGAAAUGUCCAGAGCUGGUUGCAGAGCUUCACAGGCCCCUGAGUUGUCAAGUUCGUCAAUGGAUCUUUAGGAAUAUCAUCUCUGUGGUGACCUCUUGUAUCCUGUUUGCAGCGCUGCUCUGGAUUCUAUGGAGCAUUUACCACAGAAGAGCGUUUUCAAAGAGAGCUGAGCAAAUAUACGAGCAGGUGUGUGAAAUCCUUGAAGAUAAUGCAAUGAAUGCUAAGAUUGGCAACUCUGAAUGUGAGCCUUGGGUGGUCACCUCUUGGUUGCGUGAUCAUCUACUAGUUACUCGAGAGAGAAGGAACGCUGUCCUGUGGAAGAAGGUGGAAGAACUGAUACUGGAAGAUUCUCGAAUAGAUCAGUAUCAGAAAGUGAUCAAGGGAGAGUCCAAAGUAGUGUUUGAGUGGCAAGCUAGUGGGUCGCUGAGUGGAAAGAUUAAGAAGAUGCAGCAGGGUGAGGGUGGUAUAUCAAGGAGGAGCAAAGGUGUUGGUGCCAUAAGACUUGGUGAAGAAAUGGAUGGGUCCGCCGACGCCGUAGUGAAGGACUGUUGUACACGUAAAGAAGGUACAGUAGUAGUGAGGCUUUGAUGACGUAAGAAGCAAGAUUAUUAAUUUGGUGGUGUACGUGUAUAUGGUACGAUGUACUCCAUCAAUCAGGACCUCUUAAGUUGUUGCUUGUAUGUUGUUGUGGUGGUGAAUGGUGCUAGUAUGUUUUUCU